AUGUCUCUCUCUCAGUUUCUCUCGCUUUCUCCCUCUCUGUCUGUCUCUCUCUCCCAGUCUAUUUCUCCCUGCCUCUCUCUGUGUUUCUCUCUUUCUAUAUAUCUCUCAUUCUUUUUCUUUGUCUCUCUCUCUCUCAUUCUGUGUUUUGUCUCUCUCUCUGUGCCUCUGUAUCUCUCUCUCUCUCUCUUUUUUGUCUCUCUCUCUCUCACUCUCUGUUUUUCCUCCCUAUCUCUCUGUUUUUCCUUUUUGUCUGUUGUUAUCUCUCUCCUUCUGUCCCUAUCUCUCUCGCUCUCUGUGCCUUUCGCUCUCCCUAUCUCUCUUGCUAUCUGUUCCUCUUUGUAUCCUUCUCUCUCUCUCUCUCUCUUUGACAUUGUCUCUCUCUGUAUUCUUGCAUCUCCUUCUCUCUCUGCGUAUUUUUUCUCCUGUACGUUUGUCUAUCUCCCUGUCUUUUCCCCCUCUCUAUCGUUUCGUCUAUCUCUCUUUCUUUGUAUCGCUCUCUCUGUGUGUCUGUGUGUGUGCCUCUCCAUCUUUCUUUGUCUUUAUGCGUCUCUCUCUGUCUUUGCGUACUCUCUCUGGUUUCUCUCUUUCUCUCUCUCUCUCUGUCUUUGCGUGUGUCUCUCUCUUGCACUGUUUCUUUGUGUAUAUAUCUCUCUAUGUUAUUUUGUGCGCCUUUCGCUUUCUCUGUCUCUCUCUCUUUUUUUUUCGUCUCUCUCUGUGUCUUCGUCUCAUUCUCUCUCUCUCUCUCUCUCUCUCUCUGUCGUCGUUUCGUUAUCUCUGUUUCUUCUUCUUGUUCUCUCUAUAUAUUUCUCUCACACACCGUGCUUCACUCUCCCUGUCUUUCUGUCAUCGUCUCUUUCUCUGCGUUUUCGUCUCUCUCUGUGCGCCACAGUCUCUUUCUCUCUCUCUCUCUCUCUGCCUUCAUCUAUUUCUCUCUCUUCGCGUCAUUUUUCUAACUCCCUCUCUGCAUUCGCAUCUCUCUCUCUUCGCGUCUUUCUCUCACUCUCUAUCCCCCUCUCUGUUUCCGUCUCUUUCUGUGUCUUCAUCUCUCUCACUUUGCAUGACUUUGUUUCUUUCAGUCUUUCUGUGACUUCGUCUUUUUCCCUCUCAGUGUCUUUGUGUCUCUCUCGCACUGUGUUUGUGUCUCCCUCUAUUUCUGCGUUUCUCCGCCUCUUUUUCUCUCGGGUCUGUUCGUUUCUUUCCCUCCCUUUAUCUCUUUCUUUCUUUGCAUUUCUUCGUCUCUUUCUGUGUGUGUUUCUUUCUUUCUUUCUUUCUUUCUUUCUUUCUUUCUUUCUUUCUUUCUUUCUUUCUUUCUUUGUCUUCGUGUUGCUUUCUCUAUUUCUCUUCGUCUCAAUACCAGUUUAUUUGUAUCUAUUCAUCUAUCAAAAACAUUAA